UCCUCCGAGGCCCAUAAAUUCCGGCUAUUUGUUGCGUUGCUGUUUGCUCUUCUCUUUCGCUUCCCAGCUGCAGCUCCAUUUUCCGGGAGCUGGAUCGACUGGAUAAAGACGGCGCGGAACGGGUUAAGGAGUGGGGGUCUGUAUUCCUCCUCUUUAGCUCGCCAUGAUGAACAAAUGAACUCUCGGGGAAUGAAAUUUAAAUUUCACAAAGGAGAGAAAGUCCUCUGCUUCGAACCAGAUCCGACAAAGGCCAAAGUGCUUUAUGAUGCAAAGGUGGUUGAUGUUGUCAUUGGAAAAGAUGAGAAGGGUAAAAAAGUCCCAGAGUAUCUGAUUCAUUUUAAUGGUUGGAACAGAAGCUGGGAUAGAUGGGCAGCAGAGGAUCACGUCCUUCGGGACACAGAUGAAAAUCGCAGAUUACAACGUAAAUUGGCCAGAAAGGCUGUGGCUCGCAUGAGGAGAAAAGGAAGGAAGAAGCGACGUUGUCGUUUGCCUGGUGUCGAUUCAGUAUUAAAAACUCUUCCUGACGAAGAAAAGGAGGAAAACGAAGAAUCUCUAAUUUCAUCUUCCGAUGAUAGUGAUGAUGAUGGUUCUGAUGAUGAUGAUGAUGAUGAAUCAUUGAAUAGUGAAGAAAGUGAUGCUGAAAGCACAGAAAUGAAAGAAGAGCAAGAACCUCAUCCAAAAAAGGAAAUGGAGGACAAAACUAUAAAUAUUGAAAUCCCUGAUGUUUUAAAGAGGAAGUUGGAAGAUGAUUGUUAUUAUGUUAACAAAAGAAAAAAGCUUGUGAAGCUUCCUUGUCAGAUGAACAUUGUUAAUAUUUUAGAGUCUUAUGUAAAGCAUUUUGCUAUUAAUGCAGCAUUUUCUGCCAAUGAAAGAUGUCGUCAUCAUCAGACAACUUCACAAAUGAGUUUUAGUGCACAUUAUGUUCCACCAGAAAAAAAUGUUGAACUUUGUAAAGAAAUGGUUGAUGGUUUACGGAUAACAUUCGAUUUUACGCUUCCUCUCAUUCUUCUUUAUCCUUUUGAGCAAAGUCAGUUCAAGAAGGUGAACUCUUCCAAGUUCUUUCUUCCAAUUAAAGAACUAGCAGCAAAUUUAAGCAGGAAUAUGAAUGAGAGGUCUCCUAGCCCCCCACCAUUGAACCCUUCUACCCCUCAGUCCAUAGAUAGCCAGCCCAUUGUCAGUGAGGUUGUAACACCAAAGCGCAAGAAGGUUGAACCAGAAGCCCUACAGUCUUUGCGAAGGUCAACAAGGCACACGUCAGGUGGAGACCGCCUCUCUGAGAGCAGUGCCUCCCCACAGCCAAAGCGCCGGAACACAGAUACACCUGCUCCUCUUCCCAAACUGUUUCUGCAUUUGGACAAAAAAACUCCAGUCCAUAGUGGGUCGUCAUCACCACUUACCUUGACACCAAGCAAAGAAGGCAGCUCGGUGUUGUCAGGGCUAGAAGGAAGAAGGAACAAUGAAUUAAAUGAGGUGUUAUCAUGGAAGCUGACUCCUGACAACUAUCCACAAAGUGAUAAACCACCUCCACCUUCCUACAUGUAUGGUUCCCAGCAUCUCCUUAGGCUUUUUGUUAAAUUGCCAGAAAUACUAGGAAAGAUGCACAUCCCAGACAAGAACCUUAAGGCUUUAGUAAAACAUCUUGAGCUCUUUUUGAGGUUUCUGGCAGAAUUUAAUGAGGAUUUCUUUCCUGAGUCUGCUUAUGUAUCGGCAUCAGAAGCUCACUACUGUAUAAAGCACCUCAGGGCAGUCUACUGAUUGAUCACAGGAAGAAAAGCCUUUCAUUGCAAGAUUUCAGUGUUACUUUUCUUUGCCCUCUGGCAAACAGCUGAAGGAUCAGACAGCUAUAAAAGACAUUUGAUUAACUAAGCUCCUUCAUUCUGUUCUUUAUAUAACAGCUUGUGGCAUGUACAGUUGCAUUGCCUUUUAGAUAUUACAACCUUUUAUUCCCCUCCAAGCUUGGUUCUGUCUUCAUGCAUCAGACUUUUUUCCAUUUUUUUUUGUGCUGUAAUAUUCAGGAGUGAUGGGAAUAUGUAAAUUAUAAAAGUACAUAUUUUAAGAUUAAUAUAAAGGUCAUUGCUUUGUUCAGUACUAUUUUGUUUUGUUUGGGGAUUUUUUUUUUUUUUUUUAUCAUUUGCUGAUAUUUAUAUCCAUGUGUUUAAUAUGUGGUGCCAUUGCAUUCCAGCUUCCGUCUCUAGCUGUGCUCACAUAUUAAGUGAUGUCUCUCGUGGAACAUCAAUAAAAGAAGUUCAUAAUAAGCCACUUUGUUUUUGGAUGGAUGGAGUAUUUUCUCCUCCAUCAUUCCUCUUCUCUCAAGCAGAAUUAAGAUUUUAAAAGGGGGGUAGAUCUGUUGUGAAUAAUUUGAUCUGCUGCUUUAGUUUAUAAAUCCCGAUUUUUGCCUUUUGUUGGGUGCAUUAGUAGAAAAUACUAACAAUUCAGGUUUGUAUCCAAAAAAAGGCACCAAGGUAAGUUAAUUUUCUACACAUAUCUGUUUUGUGCAUUCAUGUAUGAUGGAGAUGGUAGCCUAAUUAAUACAAACCAAGGGAAUUUUCACAGAACUAUUGUAGCUAAAAAUUUGCUGUUUUUUUCUACCAAAGAUAACGGCAAGAAGAGUGAAAUCUUUUAGUACGGCCAAAAAAAAAAAAAAAAAAGAUUCACUACUUUUUAUUAGUUGAAAGCUUCGCAUGACACAUUGUGUUUCCAACCUCACUACACUAGUUGUCCAUGUUCCAGGUCACCAUCUAGUCCUGCACUACCAUUACAGUGGAGAAUUGCCUUAGUAAAGCAGGAAUAUCCCAGCACAAUAAAUGCAAGAAUGUUAACACAGUUUGCUUUCAACCAUACUUCAUUUUCUAAAUGCACUAUACCCCCCCUUGAUAAAUAUUUAAUGAUAUUCUUAAUGGUAAAUUUAUUCAACUUGUUAAACAUUAUUUACAGAGUUAGCUGGCUUUUCUGAAUUAUUAACAUGGAGUGCUAUUUCGGUCCUUGCACCCCAACAGAGACAGUUCUAUUGUUCCUCGGGCAUCAUUGCAGUUUUUGUUCCAGCACUGCCAGUCAGCUUAAAAGUUAGUCUCGGGCAUCAUAAAGGAGAGAUUCAAAGGCAUAUUAUUUCACAAUUGUUAAUAAAAGAUAAAAAGGAAUGGCACCCAUUCUGUCUCAGUGAGAAUAUGGAAACGUUACGCAAAGUCCAAGAUGCCCCCUCUGCCUUCCUCAGAUAUUCACGUAUCUUGACAUAUUCCAUAGAUGCACUUCUUAGACGCAUUAAACAUAAUGGGGUAUAUUUGUUUUAUAGUUCAGACUUUAAGAGUACACAACUACAAUUGAAAUCUGAAAGUGUAGACAAAGGAGUGUACAUACUUUUUAGGUUUAAAACUUUAAAAAAGAGUAUACUAUUAAAUACAGGUAGAGUUUACACAUUUUUGGCAGUACAAUAAAUUAUUGAAUUUGUAAAGUAUUAAAGUAUGCAUGUAUCUGUUUUGCAAGAAAGAAGUCAUGAUGAAUAAAACCUUUUAAA